AUGGAGCCAGCACCGUAUGGAGGGUUCAUGACCCGCACCAUUGCCGGCGAAAACGAGCAGAAAGAGUUGCUUGCGCGGCAGGCAGCCGAGGUAGACGUGGGCGGCGUCAGCGAGACGUUGCGCCCCGACGCUGUGCACAUACGCGGCGUGGACAACUUAUCCACGGAGGAGAUCGAGGCGUUCGUCGACUUGUACCUCAACGUCGAGUCGGACGGCCCGGAGUACCGCAGGCAGGACGAGCCCGUGUGGUUCCGGGUGCAGUGGGUCGACGACUCCAGCGCCAACGUGCUCUUCAAGACGCACGCGGACAGCCUCCGGGCCUUGCAGCGCUUGAGCGAGCAGUGGCCCGCCGUGGAAAACACCGCGGGCGGCCCCGACGCCGGCGGGCCCGCGUUCUCGGCGCCGUUCUUGGCGGCGUUGGUCGAGGAGCGGCGGGCCCGGCCAUACGCCGCGGCGGUCCCCUACCACCAGCACCGCCAGCAGCUCAAGGAGCUCGCCGACGGGCAGGACUUGUUCCAGGCGAAGAAGGCCGAGCUCGAGGAGCAGAAGCAGAGCGCGAUGGACGAGGACGGCAGCCCGGUGGUGUUGCACGUGCGCCAGGCGUUGCAGUCGGACCGCAAGGUCAAGAACGCCGCGGCGUACUCGCGGUACUACUUGCUCCACGGCGAGCCGGACCGCACGAGGCCGCGGGUAGCGCGGCGCGGCGGCGAGGCCCGUGGGCGCGGCACGUACGCGCGGGCCGAGGACGACGGCGAGGACUUGUUUGCCGCCAAGAUCAAGAGCGGCGCGGAGGCGGGCCUGUUCGCGGAGAAGGACCUUUCCGCGGAGGAGGACUUGUUCGCGGCGCGGAUGCGGGAACAGUCGCCCGGGCGGAAGUAG